AUGGAUCCUUCACACCAGCUGGCUUUCGGCCAGAACGCGGAUGCGCACAACGCUGCCUGGAACCAGCGACCAGCCCUCGAAAUGGUGGGCUCGGACGAAUUGAAAAAUUUGGAGCGGGUCCUCAUGAUGAACUGGAGUACCAUGCAGCAGCCGCAGCCAACCCAGCCUCAGCCGCAGCAGCAGCAACCGCAACCGCAACCCCAGCCUCCUACUUCGCUCAGCGACAGUCUUCAGCUCAAUCCCUACCUGCUUCAAAUGAUGCAAGUACAGGCGGCGCAGCAGCAAUCUUCCGUCCAGACCAUCCCCGUUCAUCAAUCGCCACCGCAGCCCCGCCACGCCGCGCAGCGAAGCGCCAACGGCGGCGCUAGCAACGAUCAGCAGCAACAGGCCUUCCAGCCGGUGAUCCAGUAUCCAUUCGUGCCCUUCUGGACCGCCUGCCCCCUGCCCUUCUCGCCUCUGGCCUACCCUCAGAUCAUCAUGCCGCCCUCCGCCAUGGCCCCGCAACAGAUCGGCCCUCAGCUUCUCCGCCCCAUCAAUUGGCAGCAGAUGCCCAUGCCCAACUUCCAGGCGCCCCACCAGCGCUCGCAGCCCCCUACGCCCCAGUCCACCUCUACCGCCUCCUCGACCCCCCUCCACACCCCGCUUCUGCCUCAGUCGACGCCCGGCACGCCGGCCUACCCCAUGAUGGGCGGCUCCGAGAAGAAGUCAGAGUACGAGGAGAAGCUCGAGCGCUACCGCGAGAAGCGAAUGAAGCGCAAGUGGUCUCGAAUGCCCGACCAGAGGCUCUCCCAGGCUGCGCAGAACCGAUCCCGCGACGAAAACGGCAAGUUCACCUGCGACGACAAGGUUGCCGUCAUCUCCUCCUACGAGGCCUCGCAAAAGGCCGACUACCUCCAGAAGCAGCUUGACGAGCUGAAAGAGCAACUCAGCCGGAGUCAAUUCGAAUCGAAGCUUCUUCGCGAAAAGCUGGUCCACACGGAACGAGAGCUGGGCGUCUUGAGGAGCAACCAACCGACUCCCAAGGCCAUUCCCGACGACAUGUACCAACGGCAAGUGGUAGCACAUGCUCAAAUGCCACAGGCCUGUCAAGGCGACCUUUUUGCAUGUGCGGAAGACGGCAUAAUUUAUUCGCCUUUCAAGGGCGGUAACGCGAUCCUAGCGCCCUUCAAGGAGAAGGUCGACUUCUCGCAGAAGAAGCAGGAUCUGAGGCCAAUCAACUCACCCUUCCUCCAAGUCGGUAAGGAUACUUUCCUGUCAUCUAUAUUCGAUACUUCUCGGAUGGACAUGAGGGGGAGUGGUGAGGGGAGCGAUGGUGAACGGGAGUAUGAAGACCAGGAGCGAAGGCUAGAACGAGAGUUUGAGCGAGUAACACAAGAGCAGUGGAUCGAAGAAUUCUUGGAGCUCGAAACGCCGCAGGACGGCGAGGAGAUGAACUAUUCCGACGACGGGUCCUACUACAGCAGCGGCUAG